UGAUGGCCUACUGAAACCGUUACAUGAUCUCUUCAUCCAGAGUCCCGGGGUUUCGCCGACAACUGUUGGGUUGUUCAAUAGAGACCAUUGGCUCUGGAUGAAUCUCACACGCUCCUGUCGGCUAAAUGCCGUGCUGGUGGACAAGAUGCCCCCAGUAUGGUGUGCAUCGCGGUUCACCACCGGUGCAAUUCUCGGGGAAACACCGCCAUGUUUACGCCUCUUUGCCCUCGUGCCUUUUGUCCGCCGAGGGAUGGGCAUCUUCCUCCUUCUCCGGCUGGAUUUUCUGCAAUGCCGUCUAUAUAAAGGCCCCGAUGGACCACCCAGCUGCGGAACUGGACGGACAGACAGCUUCUUUUCUCGCAACUCACUCUCUCGAUUCAUCGUUUUUAGACCUGACCCGACCCGACCUGAAACAGACAAUAGAACACGCUGGAAGAAGAAACAUCAUGGCAGACAUGGACAUUGACCGCAUCAUCGCCGAGCUCUCUCUCUCCGAGAAGGUCUCCUUACUCUCAGGAACCGACGCCUGGCACACAACCCCCAUCCCGCGCCUUCAAAUCCCCUCAAUCCGCACAACCGACGGCCCCAACGGCGCCCGCGGCACGCGCUACUUCAACGGCGUCCCCUCCGCCUGCCUCCCCUGCGGGACCGCCCUAGGCGCAACCUUCGACAGCGACCUCCUCCGCUCACUCGGCCGCCUCCUCGCCGACGAAUGCCGCGCCAAGGGCGCACACGUCCUCCUCGGCCCGACAAUCAACAUCCAGCGGAGCCCCCUGGGCGGCCGCGGGUUCGAGUCGUUCUCCGAGGACCCCGUCCUCUCUGGCUUGCUAGCAGCGAGUUAUUGCACGGGUGUCCAGGAUGGAGGUGUGGUUCCCACGCUGAAGCAUCUGGUCUGCAAUGACCAGGAGCACGAGCGCGUCGCGGUUAGUGCACUGGUUACGGACCGCGCGCUGAGGGAGAUCUACCUCCUCCCCUUCCAGUUGGCUAUCAAGGGUGCGAGUCCGGGGGCCGUCAUGACCUCGUACAACAAGGUGAAUGGGAUUCAUGCGAGCGAGAGCCCGGAGCUGUUGAGUGGGAUCGUCCGUGGGGAGUGGGGGUUCGAGGGGGCGAUUAUCAGCGACUGGUUCGGCACCUACAGCGUCGCAGACGCCGUCAACGCAGGCCUCGACCUCGAAAUGCCGGGCCCGACGCGCUUCCGCGGGCCCGCGCUCAUGCACGCGCUAACAUCCAACAAAGUGACAGAGCGGACGCUCGACGCGCGCGUGCGCAAGGUGCUCGAACUCGUGCAGCUCGCAUCCAAGGCCAACAUCCCCGAAUACGCAGCGGAGCGCGAGCUAGACCGCCCCGAGGACCGCGCGCUCCUGCGCCGCGCGGCAGCCGAGUCGAUCGUACUUUUGAAGAAUGAAGAUGCGGUUUUACCGCUGGACCGGGCGAAGAAGACGCUUGUUGUUGGACCGAAUGCGGAUAUCGCGGCUUAUUGCGGUGGAGGGUCCGCGGCGCUCGCGGCGUAUUACACGGUGUCGCCGAGGGAGGGGAUCGCGGGGAAGUGUGCGGACAUGGCAUUCUCGCAGGGCUGCUAUGGACAUAAGGAACUCCCCCUGCUCGGUGAGCAUUUAAAGACAGAACGUGGAGAGCGCGGAUACAUGUUCCGCGUGUAUACCGAGCCGCCGCCCUCGUGCUGCGGGACCCGGGAACCCGUCGACGAGUUGCACAUGACGAACAGCUGCGCGUUCCUGAUGGACUAUACGCACCCGGAGAUCAAAGGGGAUACGUACUACGCUACGCUCGAGGGCACGUUUGAGCCGCCUGAGAGCGGCGUGUAUGAGUUUGGGCUUACGGUUGCGGGGACUGGGUUGCUGUAUAUCGACGAUGAGCUGGUUAUUGAUAACAAGACUACUCAGCGCGCUGGCACGUCAUUUUUUGGGAUUGGGACGGUUGAGGAACGGGGCGAGGUGUAUCUCGAGGCUGGGAGGAAACAUCGGGUGUAUGUCGAGUUCAGCACGGCGCCGACGUCCAACCUGAAACAUCACGGUGUCGUCUCAUUUGGUCCCGGCGGCGUACGCCUUGGUGGGUGCCGAAAACUAGAUGCCGACCUCGCUAUCGAGGAAGCGGUGCGCCUAGCAGCAGAGACGGAGCAGGUCGUUAUCUGCGUUGGGCUCAGCGGCGACUGGGAAAGCGAGGGGUUUGAUCGCCCAAGUAUGGACCUUCCGGGCCGUACCGACGAGCUCGUCAAGGCUGUGUUAGCAGUUCAACCUAAUGCAGUCAUCGUCGUGCAGAGCGGGACACCAGUGACGAUGCCCUGGGCGGAUGACGCAAAGGCCCUCCUACAGGCGUGGUACGGAGGCAGUGAAGGUGGGAAUGGAAUUGCAGAUGUUUUGUUUGGGGAUGUGAAUCCGUCCGCCAAGCUCCCCCUAACCUUCCCUCGACACAUCUCGCACAACCCUGCAUAUCUAAGCUACCGCUCCGAACGCGGCCGCGUGCUAUACAGCGAAGACGUCUACGUGGGAUACAGACACUACGACACGGUGGGGCAGAAGCCACUCUUCCGCUUCGGGCAUGGGCUGUCCUAUACGACGUUCCGCCUCUCUGCUGUGAACCUACAAGAGAUUUCCCCAAACGCAGCUAACAUCAAAGAGGAGGCUAUUCGCGUCUCUGUCUCUGUCUCAAACACUGGUCCGCGCAGCGGUGCAGAGGUCGUGCAGGUUUACGUGUGCCCACCGGAAACGAGCACCGUGGGCCGUCCCGUGCACGAGCUGAAGGGCUUUACUAAAGUCCUGCUGCAGCCUGGGGAGACGAAGCAGGUGGAAGUUGUGGUCCCCAAGGGUCUUGCGACUAGCUUCUGGGAUGAGGCGCGGUCUGCAUGGUUCAGUGAAGCGGGCACGUACACUGUUGAGGUCGUCGGGACCGGAGAGGGGAAUGUUCUGACUGUGCCGUUUGCCGUCCGUGUUUCGAGGUUCUGGAAUGGGCUAUAG